AUGGCGCUGGUUGCAGAUGGCGAGAGGAAGCUGGAGGAGUACAAAACCCGCGAGACCAUCUACCUUUCAGCUCUGGUCAACCAGGAGGCCGAAAUGACCCAGCUGAGGCUCGGGUCCCAUGAGUGUGAUUCUUGGGUGAAGAUGAUGACUCUUUUGUGA